AUGGGGCCUCGCCGUAAUGCUCCCUUCAGUGGGCAUCUUUCGUUACCAAAACCUUUCGAUAUCUUUUUUAUUGUAAAGCGUGUUUCAACGGAAAAAGAAACUUUUCACUCUGUAUCACCUUUUUUGGUCGAAAAAUCUCUAACUGGAAACAUUGGAGAGGUGGCAUCCGUUCGAAAGCUCCGAUCGGGUGACCUACUUGUUGAAGUGUCGUCGCGACAGCAAUCCCACAAAAUUCUAAAGCUGAAAUCUUUUGGACCGAUACCUGUUACUAUUACUCCCCAUGGUUCUAUGAAUUCCUCGAGGGGUGUUAUUACCUGCGGGGAAUUGUUUAAUGUUCCUUUGGAGGAGAUUACUGAGAAAUUACAAAAUCAAGGAGUGACGCAUGUCCGCCGCAUUGCUAUCCGGCGAGAUGGACAGUUACAAAAUACUAAACAUCUUAUUUUAACUUUUCAUUCUCCAAAAUUGCCAGAUUCAAUAAAGGCCGGCUAUAUGAAAUUGCCUGUAAGGCCUUAUAUACCUAACCCUUUAAGAUGCUUCAAGUGCCAGCGUUUUGGCCAUUCAAAGACUAACUGCCGUGGGACUUUAACUUGCGCCCGUUGUGCAGUAGUUGGCCAUGAGAGCACUGAAUGUUCAUCGAAAGAGAAAUGUGUGAACUGCAAAGGAGAACAUACUUCUUUCUCCCGUGAUUGCCCUGCUUGGAAAUUGGAAAAAGAAAUAGUCACAGUGAAGGUCAAAGAGCAGGUAUCAUUCCCUGAAGCUCGACGAAUUGUGAGAGCUAGAACACCUGCAUAUGGAACCAGCUAUGCUUCUGCGGUUAAGGGGCAGCUAAAAACUGUGGGAAUUCAAUACGAUACAAAAGAUUUUAAACAGGGCUCUGGAUCCGAUGUUCCAGUUGCAAUUGUAGAUACCGAAUCCGAUCAUAACCCUGAUUUUGUUCCAAUAUCAACCAAACGCAAUAGAAAGAAACUCAGGUCUACUUCUCAAAAAUCUUUAUUACUUAAGCUUUCAAAGAAAAAUAAAUCUAAAACAGAUGUGAAAAAGUUGCCUUCGUUCACAGUAAAGAAUUCUGUCGCUUUGGGGCUAGCGACUGAGGGCUUAGUUCAGAAGGACCUACCGUCCUUAUUUGGCAUGCCCAAUAGUCCUGAUCAUAUUUCACUCCAUCCGUCAGAAGAGGAGGAGGAUUUUUCUAUGAGUUGCGAUCCUUCGCAUGCUCAAAACAGUGUUUUUAAAGACAAACCUCCCAUUCCACUUUCUUAA